AAGGUGGGUGACCUAUUCAUAACUGCCUUGCACAGGAAUCUCAUCUAACAUCUUCCCUGCUGUGUGAGGCACACAGACUUGGAUCUCCUAGGGAAAACAUCUCACUCAAAGGCCCUCAAACCAAACGUAUUUGUGGACUUCAAAGAAGGAAAGGAGAUAAGUUAAGCAAGCAGUUGAAACAAGGGACAUGGUGAUGAAGUAGCAACCCAAGUCAGGUUUGAAGAGUAAUGGAUGCCGUAACUGAAACUCCACUGAAUUUCUCCUUGGAUGAUACAGAGUGCUCAGAUGAAGUGAAUUCUGAUACAGACGUGAAUUCUGAAUCAAUCUGUCCAGAUGCCUUUGCCCCAGGGAAGCUACCAGAAAAUAUGGACUUUGAUGAAGCUGAGCCAUCUGGUUCUGGUCUAAAUUUAAAGCCCAACUCCAAAUCAAGGUCCAAAGGUCCAGAGGUAUGCAAACCUUAUUUUCCCUGGAAAUAUAUUUUGCCCAAACGUGGCAUCUCCAAACUUAUUUUCCAGGUGGUGGCUUCCACUGAGAAGCAAUCUGGGGUAUCUUUGCAGGCUUUGAAGAAGAGUGUUGUUGCCACCGGCUAUGACCUUGAGAAGAAAAAGAACUACUUCAAAAGGGUCUUGAGGGCUCUGGUGGCCAGGGGCUUGCUGAGGAAACUGACCGGCCAUGGACUGACAGGUUCCUAUGCCAUUAGUGAGAUGAUGCUGAAAGUACUGAGAAAGAGGAAGAAGAAAAAGAUGAGGAAGAGGAGGAGGAGGAGGAGGAGGAAGAAGAGCAAUGCAGUGGCAAGUCUUGUGAAGAAAAAAGCUCCCAAGAGAAGGCAACUGAGAAGUUCAAAGGGAAAGAAGAACAAACUAAGCAAAUCAGACCUACCUGAUUUGUGCCGUCCUAUGGUGACGACAGGAGGUUCCCAUAUCUGAACUGGGUGUAUGGAAAAUAAUAAUAAAGUGCCAUAUUUCAACUGUCUAA